UACACACAGGGUACUGGGUAUUACCCCUCCUUAGUGUUUCGGAGAUCAAAGAUGGGUUAUUCUUAUCUUCCUUCCCCUGUUUCAAUGGCAGCUUUUCUUGUUCUCUGGUUCUGCAUGCCGGAGCUCGCAUUUGCCAAGACCAGGCACUACAAGUUUGAUAUCUUGUCGCAGAAGGUAACGAGAUUGUGCCACACGAAGAGCAUUUUAACUGUGAAUGGACAAUACCCAGGGCCUCCUAUAGUAGCAAGGGAUGGUGAUCGAGUUGUUGUGAAGGUGAUUAAUCAUGUUGAGAACAAUGUCACAGUGCACUGGCAUGGAAUUCGACAGCUUCGGAGCGGUUGGGCGGAUGGGCCGGCUUAUGUGACUCAGUGUCCCAUACAGAAAGGCCAGAGCUACGUUUACAACUUCACCAUUACUGAGCAGAGAGGGACGCUCUUCUGGCACGCUCAUAACUCAUGGCUAAGGGCCACCCUCUAUGGACCCAUCAUCAUCCUUCCCAUGCGCAACGUUUCUUACCCUUUUCCCAAACCUUACAAGGAAGUCCCCAUCAUCUUCGGAGAGUGGUGGAACGUAGACCCGGAGGAAGUGAUAAAGCAAGCUUUGCAGACAGGAGCGGGACCCAAUGUCUCUGACGCUUACACCAUCAACGGCCUCCCUGGACCUCUCUACAACUGUUCUACCAAAGAUAUAUUCAAGCUAAAGGUGAAGCCUGGGAAAACAUAUCUCCUUCGUAUAAUCAAUGCUGCCAUGAACGAUGAGCUCUUCUUCAGCAUUGCUAACCACACAGUCACUCUUGUUGGAGCAGAUGCUAGCUACCUGAAACCCUUUGACACAGACAUUCUCCUCAUCACCCCAGGACAAACCACAGACGUUCUCCUUAAGACCAAACCAUACUUUCCCAAUGCAACUUUCUUCAUGGCUGCUAGACCAUAUUUCACAGGCCAAGGCACCUUUGACAACUCUACCACAAUUGGGAUCCUUGAAUAUGAAUCACCUCCAUCUUCUCCAAGAUUUUCCAUUAAAAAGCUUCCAUUGUUCAAGCCAAGUCUCCCAAACCUCACUGACACCUCCUAUGCUACCAAUUUCACAAGUAGACUCCAUAGCUUGGCCACUACACAGUUUCCAGCUAAAGUCCCACAAAAAGUUGAUAAGAGCUUCUUCUUCACUGUGGGACUGGGUACAACCCCAUGCCCUAAAAACCAAACUUGCCAAGGCCCAAUGAAUGGCACAAAAUUUUCGUCUGGAAUGAAUAACAUCUCUUUUGUACUCCCGAGUGUGGCCAUUCUUCAGGCCCAUUACUUUGGUCAAUCCAAAGGAGUGUAUACCACUGACUUCCCCACAAAAACACCCAAACCCUUCAACUACACAGGAACUCCUCCUAACAACACCAUGGUCAGCAAUGGUACUAAGGCAUUGGUAUUAUCCUUCAACACUAGUGUGGAGCUGGUGCUGCAAGACACUUCCAUCCUUGGUGCUGAAAGCCACCCACUCCACCUCCAUGGCUUCGACUUCUUCGUAGUUGGCCAAGGCUUUGGCAACUAUGAUCCCAUUAAGGAUCCACCAAAAUAUAAUCUUGUCGAUCCAGUUCAGCGGAAUACUGUUGGUGUGCCAGUUGGUGGUUGGAUCGCUAUUCGCUUCUUCACAGAUAAUCCAGGAGCAUGGUUUCUGCACUGCCACUUCGAUACCCACACAAGUUGGGGCUUGCGGAUGGUGUUUAUCGUCUUGGAUGGAGAACUCCCCAAUCAAAAGUUACCACCUCCACCCUCUGAUCUACCAAAGUGUUGACUUUGACUGGUGGUUCCCUCUGUGGCUGCUACUUUGGAGUGGUUGUGUUGUGGACAUUUUGGCUCCCUUUCUUUCUUCUCCCACCCUUGGGACUCCUAAAGAAAACCAAUAACAUUCUUCUUAACUUAUGAUUGUAUUCUUUAGGAUUUUGGCUGUUUGAGAUUUGAGAUUGUAAUUCUGCUCCGGCCAUCAUCGUUUGAUGGGUCAUGAGUCUGAAGAGAGGUGCAAUUGAGAAAUGUAGAGGCUCAAUCAAUGGACAUUUGCUUAAUUGAAAUUUGAAACUAAUGUGUUAAUCCCA